AACGAGGCCUGUUUUUUUGUGUUUGUGUUUGUGUUUGUGUGCGUGGGUUUGAGGGCGUAAUUCCGAUCGUUAUACGUUUGCGUAAAAUCGACCCGGCGCUGCGCUACGUAAUAAAACGUGCAUCCGCAGUUUCGCGCAGUCUAAACUCUGUAGUGUCCAUCUGUGACCUUCGUUUUCAUUUCCAUUCUUCGUAUCUGCGCUAGGCCGUACAGGUUUCGUUUUCGAUCGAGUAUAGCCGUAUUGAUACGUCACAAUCUCGGCGCUCAUAAUAUCCUUAGUCAUAUUUUCGUAAUAUCGGGAAGCACAGUCAAUCAUCGUCAGCUAUCAGCCGUAACAACACAAGUCAAAUCGUAAGAGGCGCUGUUGAAACAAUUUAAUCAUUCGAUAGUUGAAAUAAGUGUUAUCCUUAUCAUCUACCAUGUUCAGGGUAGGAUUAAAUGGAGAAGAUGGCAAAAUAAAAUGGCAAUCUCAAAUUAUGGAUGUUAAGAAACUCAUAGAGAGCUAUCCGACUGCAAAAUUUGAUAUAUCACCAGAUGAAGUCAGUGAAUUUUGUAAAAAAAUGGCCCUUCCCCCAGGAAAAGACGAUACAGAAUAUAUCAGAGUUAGAAUAAUAUUUUACCAAGAUAACAAAUCAAGCAAACCUUUUGCAUAUAUAUUUCCCAUUUAUGGGUUUGGAAAACAUACAUUGGAUGAGAAAAAAUCAACUUUACCUGUGUCUUUAAACAAUAUUAUGCCAGAACGAGCCCCAGCCCCAGCCAUAUCUAACCGAAAUUACAUACAGAGGAGACAUUUACUCUCGAUCGAUAGACCACCUAAAGCGCCCGCGGCGUAAUCUAUCCACAGCGUAUCAUUCAACGGGCCAACGAUACUUCAGCCUUCACAAGACCGUACACAGGAACGCACACUAUCUCUGUACCGAUAAUAUUACAUCUAGUUACAAGUAUAAUAUCAUACAAUACAAGUGCAGUGUCAUUAUCCAAACGUGUCUUUUUAUUAUUACAAACCAUCUUACACCUACACUGUAUCAUACUAUCAUAUUAUAAUCUAAAGCUGAUAUUUUCCAGUCAGGGACGAUCUCAAAAAAAAAUCAUAGGGGGG